GUGGCAUCAUCGAGGCAGCCAGCAGACGGCAGAAGAAAGGAGGAAGUGGAACGACCAUCAGCGGCAUCUCAGGGAGCGAAAACACCACUGGCUGACAGACACGCGCUGUGCACACACACAAACUCCGCACACAGCCUGUACAGUGGAUCCAGAAGUGUCACCGCCUCGGCAGGAUUCUGCCCAAAUCUUGUGCCCCACAAAGUGCACUACUUUUUGGUUUGGAUGAGCUCGUUUCCGUAGCAGCAACGCAGGUGUGACAGACCACACCACAGACACCGGCCGCCAUGCCGCCACCGGCAGACAUCGUCAAAGUGGCCAUCGAGUGGCCGGGAGCCUUCCCCAAACUCAUGGAGAUAGACCAGAAAAAGCCACUGUCUGCCAUCAUUAAAGAAGUAUGUGAGGGGUGGUCUUUGGGGAACCAUGAAAACUUUGCCUUGCAGAUAGCUGACUCCACAAAUUUCUACAUUACUGAAAAGAACCGAAAUGACAUCAAGAACGGGUCUAUUCUGCGCUUGACCACCUCUCCGUACCAGACAGCGGUUCAGCUACAUGAGCGGAUACAGUCGUCCAGUAUGGAUGCUAAGCUGGAGGCACUCAAAGACCUGGCCAAUGCGUCCCGGGAUAUCACCUUUGCACAGGAGUUCAUUAACCUGGAUGGCAUCUCGCUGCUCACUCAGAUGGUGGAGAGCGGCACUGAGCGUUAUCAGAAACUACAGAAGAUUAUGAAGCCAUGUUUCGGAGAUCUGCUCUCCUUCACUCUGACGGCCUUUGUGGAGCUCAUGGACCACGGCAUUGUCUCCUGGGACACUUUCUCUGUGGCCUUCAUCAAGAAGAUAGCCAGUUAUGUGAAUAAGUCGGCCAUGGACACAGCGGUGCUCCAGCGUUCUUUGGCCAUACUGGAGUCUAUGGUGCUCAACAGCCAAGACCUUUACCACAAGGUGGCACAAGAGAUCACCAUUGGUCAACUCAUCCCACACCUGCAGGGGACUGAUCAAGAUAUCCAGACCUACACAAUAGCUGUCAUCAAUGCUCUUUUCCUCAAAGCCCCAGAGGAGAAGAGACAGGAGAUGUCCCAUAUUCUUGCCCAGAAACAACUGCGCUCCAUUAUUCUUACUAAUGUGAUCCGCAGCCCUACACCUAUUAACGACGAGAUGGCCCAUCAGCUCUACGUGCUGCAGGUGUUGACCUUUAACCUUUUGGAGGACCGCAUGAUGACCAAGAUGGACCCUCAAGACCAGGCUCAAAGGGACAUCAUUUUUGAGUUGCGGAGAAUUGCGUUUGAUGUGGAGUGUGAACCUAAUAACGGCGGCAGUAUGGAGAAGCGCAAGUCCAUGUACACCCGCGAUUACAAGAAGCUGGGAUUUAUCAACCAUGUGAAUCCAGCGGUGGACUUCACCCAGAUCCCUCCAGGCAUGUUGGCUCUGGAUAACAUGCUGUACUUUGCGAGGCACCACCAGGACGCCUACAUCAGGAUUGUCCUGGAGAACAGCAGUCGAGAAGACAAACACGAAUGUCCUUUUGGCCGCAGCAGCAUUGAACUUACCAAGAUGCUGUGUGAGAUCCUCAAAGUGGGCGAGCUUCCGAGUGAGAAUUGCCAUGACUUCCACCCGAUGUUCUUCACACACGACCGCUCCAUUGAAGAGUUCUUCUGCAUCUGCAUCCAGCUCCUUAACAAAACCUGGAAGGAGAUGAGGGCCACAAGCGAGGACUUCAACAAGGUAAUGCAGGUGGUGAGGGAGCAGAUCAUGCGAGCGCUCACUGUCAAGCCUAAUUCUCUGGACCAGUUCAAGAGUCGCCUUCAAAACCUGAGCUACACAGAAAUCCUCAAGAUCCGUCAGUCCGAGAGGAUGAACCAGGAAGACUUCCAGUCCCGGCCCAUUCUGGAGCUGAGGGAGAAAAUCCAGCCGGAGAUCAUGGAGCUGAUCAAACAGCAGAGACUGAACCGUCUGUGCGAGGGCACCUGCUUUAGGAAGAUCAGCAGCCGCAGGAGGCAAGAUAAGUUUUGGUACUGCCGCCUGUCUCCCAAUCACAAAGUCCUGCACUACGGAGAUCUGGAGGAGAGCCCCCAGGGAGAAGUGCCCCAUGACUCUCUUCAGGACAAAUUGCCUGUGGCGGAUAUAAAGGCUGUGAUCACAGGCAAAGACUGUCCUCACAUGAAGGAGAAAGGAGCCCUCAAGCAAAACAAGGAAGUGCUAGAGCUGGCCUUCUCUGUCCUCUACGAGUCCGACGAGUAUUUAAACUUUAUCGCUCCAGAUAAGCACGAGUACUGUGUAUGGACUGACGGUCUGAACGCCCUUCUUGGUAAAGAGAUGACCAGUGACUACACAAAAUCAGACAUGGAAACCCUGCUGUCUAUGGAGAUGAAGCUCCGUCUACUGGACCUAGAGAAUAUCCAGAUCCCUGAAGCCCCGCCCCCCAUUCCCAAAGAACCGAGCAAUUAUGACUUUGUUUAUGACUGCAACUAGACCAUCUAAAAACACCACUGGGAACCCCUGCACUCACUGGACCCUGGACAAAAUCGUACUUAAGAAUAUGAACUGUAAAUGGUUUAAGGGACUGUCGUCUUCUUAAAACAAGACAAUGGUGCGUAAUAUGUGCCCCACUGCACUGCAUGGUCGAUUGGAGUCAAAGAUGAUUGGAGACAAACUUCAGGCUGUCAUGGCUAGGAGAAGCAACCAGGAAGUAUUAGUUUGUCCUUUUCUCCUUCUUCCUCUGCCCCCUCCGCUCCAGCAUUUCCAAAAUGGCUGCCAUCAUUUUUGCUCGUUGUAGAUAAAUCUGUAGAAUUUGCUUCCUAUUUGUCCUUUUUAUGUUACAAGUUUUAUUAUUUUUCCUCAGGGCUUUUUGUGAGGAGGAAGCAGGAAGUAACAAGUAAAAAGUUCUCUCUAGCAGUAUUGCCUCCCACAUUUUCACUUUGAGUAUUUGUGGCAGCUUGGUCUAUCUGCUCUGUGCUGCUUCACACACUUGCUGAAGACUGUUACAAACCAUGAACAACUUUCUGCACUCUAAUACGAAAUACAAAGCCCUUAUUCUGAAUCUAAUGUUAUAAUUCUACAUCAUUGCUGUUGUUACAUAUUACUCCCGCCCACAGAUAGAUCCACGCAUCCAUGUUUUUUCUCAAGUCUGUUUUGUAGUAAUGACUGCUGUACACAACAUUCCUAAGCAAUAUUAUAAUUUUGUUUAUUUUAAGUGAUCUGAAAACAUGAAAUUGCCAAGUCAAGGGAAGUUGUCUUAUUUUGUGUGUUUUCAUAUGGCCACAAAUUGAUGAAAGUGUUAUGUAUUUUUUUAAUUUAAAACAAAUCAUGGUUGUAUUUCUAGUAUGAUUUAUAUAUUUUCUGCCCGUUCCUAUUUAAUACCUUCAGAUGUUUUUCUUUAGGAUUUUUUCAAAGCUCCUCAAAACUGCUGUUUACAUUAAAGGUUUAGGAACUGUA